AUGGGCGCCGCCGUCACGGGCACCGCGAGCGAGGAGGCCCGCGCCGCGGCCAGCAUCGUGCUGCGAGGGAUCGCGAACGCCGGGCACGCCGGUGCUGUGGCGGUGGCACUCAGGCCGUGCCUGGUGUCGCCGGCGGACGACGCUGAGCGUGGCCGCGCGCGCGCCGCGCUGAUGGAGUUUCUGCCCGCGCCGUCGGUCGACGUUCUUGAGGCCGUCGCCCGCGAGGCGGAGAUUGAGGCGGCGGCCCUUAGGGCGGAGGUGGCGGAGCUGCGGACGAUCCCAGUCAACACGCGCGCCGCUAUCAUUGAGCUGGCGGCGGCGGCAGCGGCGGCGGCGUCUCGCAAGUAG